AUUUGUUUGCUAAGAACAUCCAUGGAUGAGAGAAGGUGGAGAAGCAUCUGAUAAGCCAAUUGAUAGUGCUGUUCUAUCUAGAAUGAAACAGUUCAGAGCAAUGAAUAAGUUCAAGAAACUUGCAUUGAAGGUUAUGGCUAAAAAUCUAUCAGAAGAAGAGAUUAAAGGUCUCAAGGCAAUGUUUGCAAACAUGGACACUGAUGGUAGUGGCACCAUCACCUAUGAAGAAUUGAAGACAGGUUUGGCUCGAAUUGGAUCAAGACUGUCCGAGACUGAAGUGAAGCAACUUAUGGAAGCUGCCGAUGUUGAUGGAAAUGGGUCGAUUGACUAUCUUGAAUUCAUAUCGGCCACAAUGCAUAGGCACAGACUUGAACGGGAUGAGCAUCUUUACAAGGCAUUUCAGUAUUUUGAUAAGGACAAUAGCGGUUGAGUAUUGCAA